AUGGCGGGCGACGAUUCUUUCUCCAUCAUCUCCCAGUCCGGUGGCGAGCGGCUGUUUGAUGAAUACCACUCGCAGACGGCUCGCAAGACGGUCGACUUGGACGUCCAGCUUGUUUCGGCCUUGCGUGCACAGCAUCCGCAGUUGAUCGUCACCACCAUCCCUGCGGAAAACUGCCCGCUGCUCCAGUUCGCAGCCGCUGGCCACGCCACGGCGGAGCUAGACAGGGAGUCCGAGCCUGUUAUUCAGUGGCGGGGGGUCAGCAGCGGCGGUCCGUCGUCGUCAGUCUCGAUCGCACAGGCCAACUUUUUCGCCAAGUACCACUACCGAUGGGGAAAUGAGGACUUUAUCCUGUACGUCGUCACCAUCGGAUACUCGAACCUCCAAUACGUCUUGAAGGAGCCCGUGGGCGGCGAGACUCCUUCGUCGCCCUCGUCCGUCGUCGACGCACUGCUCAGGACGAUUGGUACUUGGAUGUCCCAGUCCAAGGCGAUCUACGUCUACGAUGGGUACUGGACCAGGAGCUCGGAGCUGUGGAAGCAGGUUCAGAAAGCGAGCUGGGACAAGGUCAUCUUGGACCCAAAGAUGAAGAAGUCGCUCCGAGACGUAUCCAGGAAAUUCUUUGACAACCGGGGUGUAUAUGAGGACUACGGCGUCCCAUGGAAGCGAGGCUUGAUUUUCUACGGCCCUGCGGGCAACGGCAAGACGAUUUCGAUCAAAGCCAUGAUGCAUGAGCUUUCCGAGCGCAAUCCGUCGGUUCCAACGCUGUACGUCAAGAGCGCUCCGUACACGUGGAUGCUCGGCGACGUUUUCCGCCUGGCGAGACAGACGAGCCCGUGCCUUCUCGUUCUCGAGGACAUUGACACGAUCGUCACGGAACAGAGCCGAAGCUACUUCUUCAACGAAGUCGACGGGCUCGCCUCGAACGACGGCAUUCUCAUGAUUGCCAGCACCAACCACCUGGACAAACUCGAUCCCGGUCUCACCAAGCGGCCGAGCCGGUUCGACCGCAAAUACCUCUUUCCGCUGCCGUCGAGGGAUGAGCGGGUCCUCUACUGCCAGUACUGGCGGGACAAGCUCAAGAGCAAGAAGACGAUCGACUUCCCCGAGAAGCUUUGCCCGGCGAUUGCCGACAUCACGGACGACUUCUCGUUCGCGUACCUGCAGGAAGCGUUUGUAGCAACGCUGCUGCAGCUGGCGCACUCGGGAGAAGACGGCGAGUCAUCGGAUUCCGAGGACGAGGGCGCGGGCUCGCCGCUGGAGAGAUACGAGCUCUGGCGUGUCAUCAAGAAACAAAUCCAAAUCCUCCGGGACCAGAUGCACAGCUCUAAGCCAGCUGUAGCCGAAGCAUGUGAAGCAAGCUCUGGGGGAAUGUUCGCAUCGGCACGCGAGGAGAUGCUUCCGCUUCGAGAGCUGGGCAGCGGCUCAAGCGCACGGGUUGUGGGGCGGGAUGCGUUAUCGGAGCUGCAUGACGUGGGGCGCAGCGGGUUUGGCAAGGCUGCGCUCCCGGGGUUCGUGGGCGACGGAUGGCAAGUGGACGCAUAG